CGCAGGCACUCGCACCUCCAUCCCCGCCACCAUUGGCUCUGCAUACUACCCAACAACGGAGCAAUUUUGGUUUUUCCAGAGCUGACUACUUGAUAAAUUAUAUCUUCUUCUUCAUCGCCAUGCUCUUUUUUAGACCCUCUUUCGCCUUCUCUCUCAUUGUUGCUUUCUUCUCUCUUUUGAUUUCCUCUGCCUCAACCAACCAUGGCGUCUUCAGCGUCAAAAACAAGUACGCCGGCCAGGAACGCACCCUCGCUGUCCUAAAAGCUCACGACAGUCGUCGUCAGCUUCGUUUUCUCGCCGGCGUGGACCUCCCUUUGGGUGGCAGUGGCCGCCCCGAUGGCGUCGGGCUUUAUUAUGCUAAAAUUGGGAUUGGAACACCUUCAAAGGAUUAUUAUUUACAGGUAGACACCGGAAGUGAUAUUAUGUGGGUUAACUGCAUCCAGUGCAGAGAAUGUCCCAGCAGAAGUAGCCUUGGUAUGGAUCUUACACUCUAUAACAUAAAGGACUCCUCCACUGGUAAAUUUGUUCCCUGUACUCAAGAGUUUUGCAAGGAGAUAAAUGGAGGUCUUCUGGCAGGAUGCGUGUCUAAUAUAACCUGUCCAUAUCUAGAGAUAUAUGGCGAUGGGAGCUCCACUGCUGGUUACUUUGUAAAAGAUAUUGUGCUCUAUGAUCAGGUGUCUGGAGACCUUGAAACUGCUUCUGCUAAUGGAAGUAUUAUAUUCGGGUGUGGCGCUAGGCAAUCUGGAGAUCUAAGUUCUUCAAACGAAGAAGCACUUGAUGGAAUACUUGGUUUUGGAAAGGCUAAUUCCUCGAUGAUUUCACAACUUGCUUCAUCCAGCAAAGUGAAAAAAAUAUUUGCUCAUUGCUUAAAUGGAGUAAAUGGAGGUGGUAUAUUUGCUAUUGGUCAUGUUGUGCAGCCUAAAGUGAAUAUGACUCCAUUAUUGCCAGACCAGCCACAUUACAGUGUCAACAUGACAGGAGUUCAAGUUGGUCAUGCUUUCCUUCGGCUACCGACAGAUGAUUCUGAGGCUGGUUACAAUAAAGGAACAAUAAUAGAUAGUGGCACAACUUUGGCCUAUCUACCUGAAUGGAUUUAUGAGCCAUUAGUAAAUAAGGUAAUUUCUGAGCAACCUGACUUAAAGGUUCAAACACUUCACGAUGAGUAUACAUGCUUUCAGUACCUUGAAAGUGUUGAUGAUGGAUUUCCGGCUGUCACUUUUUAUUUUGAAAAUGGACUCUCUUUGAAGGUUUAUCCACAUGAAUAUCUAUUUCCCUCUGAAGGUCGCUGGUGCAUUGGUUGGCAAAAUAGCGGGAUGCAAUCGAGGGAUAGCAAGAACAUGACAUUACUGGGAGAUCUAGUGCUUUCGAAUAAACUAGUCUUGUAUGACCUUGAAAAGCAGGCCAUAGGAUGGACUGAGUAUAACUGUUCUUCAAGCAUCGAAGUGAAGGAUGAGCAGACUGGUACGGUUCACUUAGUAGGUUCCCACUACAUUUCUUCUGCCUCCUCUGUAUAUAUUAAUCGGGUUAUAAUAAUUUCAAUUCUAAUCUCCGUGGUCAAUUUAUUGAAAUGCGGCAGCUAAUAAACAUUUCAUAGUCAAAAUUACAGUACAAAGAAUUGAAGAUUAGGAUGAGCGUCUUGAAAUUAUGGGAGAAACUUCCAUGAUUUGUAAAUGUUAUAACUUAAAGGGGAAACGCAGGACACUACGUUAGCAUAGCAUAAACUGUGAGUAAAAUUUUUCUUCCCAUGGUGAAUUUUGUAAAUCGCUGAAAGCUUGCUACUAAGCAGUGAGCACCAACUGUAUAUGAUCUCAGAAUCUAGCUGAUUAUUACUUGGCUUGGAUCGUGAUGGCAAAUUGGCAAUGUAUAAUUAGAUGCUACAAGCCAAAACUUGAGUUUUCUUUUGAGAUAGCUAUUUGUAUACUGAGGCAUCAUAGUUCCUUCAUGCCUGCCUCUGGAACUUGCGUUUUGGAACUCUGAAUUAUAGCUCUUCGAUUUUCAAUUUUGUAACAUUAGGAGGUUUUGAAUACUACUACGCCUCAUGUUUAUACAUGUUUCACCAUUA